AUGAAUACUUUUUUUGACGGUUAUGUUCAUUCGAAGACAAACUUGAAGGAGUUUGUCGACCAGUUUGACAGUGCGUUGAGGAAGAAAAUUGAGAAUGAAAACCAUGCGAAAUUCCAGUCAUUUAGCCAGGUCAUUCCCUGCAUAUCUAGAUCUCCAAUUGAAAAGAAAUUUCAAGAGUUGUACACUAAUUCUAAAUUUAGGGAAGUUCAGCAGCAAGUAAUUGGUCUGCUCGAUUUGGAUCCAUCUCUACUUACAUCGGAUGGUGUAAUGAAGAGUUAUUUGCUAGAAGAUGAAGUUCGUAUUGAGGAGUUCACUAAACCGGUGACAUUUUCAGUGGACUUUAAUGAGGAAGACUGCAGUGCUAAGUGUUCAUGUGGGUUAUUUCAGAUGAGAAGGAUACUGUGUAGGCAUAUUUUGGCCGUAUUCAAGUCUAACGGUAUAAAAUCAUUGCCAGACCGGUACAUUCUAGACCGAUGGAGAAAGGACAUCAAGAGGAGAUACACGUUCAUUCGCAGUAGUUAUGACGCAGGGGAGCAGAGGCCAAAUGGUCAUAGAUAUUCAAUUCUUUUAAAUAUAUGUUAUGGGAUGAUAACUUAUGUGGCGGAUUCUAAUGAGCAAUUCGAAGAUGCAAAGAAGAGGAUACAUGAGAUGACUGAAUGUUAUCGCGAGCAAACACGCAACUUAUCUCAAAUCCAAGCAGAGGACAAAACUACAGUUGGUAGUUCACAACAAGUGAAGAGUCCACUUGUUGUGAGAGGAAAAGGAAGACCCCCAUCUCUGAGGUGA